AAACCCGGAAGCGUGUCUUCGCGGGCGUGCGGAGCCGGCGGCUGCGCUAACGCGGAGGCAGCAGCGGCGGGAUGGCGGCCGCCGCGGAGCUGCAGGGAAAGUACCAGAAGCUGGCUCAGGAGUACUCCAAGCUGGACUCAAACAUGUCAAAUGAAUACAAACUGCCAUUGAAGAAACCAGGAUUCAAGCAAUUAUCAAGGAAUGGGAAGAUGGAACUUUCGGUGUCCUCAUUGCUGCAGGGUAGAGGUACCCUGUGAAGUGACUGGAAAAUAGAUUUCUUGAGUAUCAGUUUUCACCGCAGUGAUUUUAGCUCAGAUUUGGGAACAAUAUAACUUCGAGCUCAGAACCAAGUACUGAAAAAAGGGGUUGUAGAUGAGCAAGCAAAUUCUGCUUCUCUGAAGGAGCAACUGAAGAUGAAGGAUCAGUCACUGAGAAAACUGCAACAAGAAAUGGACAGCUUGACCUUUCGAAAUCAGCAACUUGCCAAGCGAGUGGAGUUACUUCAAGAUGAACUUGCAUUAAGUGAAGCUAGGGGCAAGAAGAACAAGAAAAGUGCAGAAUCCUCAUCUCAGUUAAGUCAAGAGCAGAAAAGUGUCUUCAGUGAAGAUCUUCAGAAAAAGAUAGAAGAGAAUGAACGACUACAUAUACUUUUCUUUGAAGCAGAUGAGCAGCACAAACUUUUAGAAGCAGAGCUGAGAACUAGACUUGAAGUUUUGGAAACUAAUGCUGCCCAGCAUCAAGCUGUGGUGGACGGUUUAACGAGGAAAUACACGGAUACCAUAGAAAAGCUGCAGAAUGAUAAAGCCAAAUUAGAAAUCAAGUCUCAAACACUAGAAAGAGAAGCUAAGGACUGUAGGCUUCGAACUGAAGAAUGCCAGCAACAGUUAAAGAAUCUUCAAGCAGCUUUGGGCAGUAGACUGGAAGAAUCUCUAUGCAUAAUCAAUGAAAAAGUACCUUUUAAUGACACAAGAUCUAAUCAAUACAAUGCUCUGAAUGUACCAUUACACAACAGAAGACAUCAGCUGAAGUUGCGAGACCUUGCUGGCCAGGCGCUGGCUUUUGUUCAGGAACUUGUAACAGCUCUUUUGAACUUCCAUACAUACACUGAGCAGAAGGUACAGAUCUUUCCCAUUGAUUCUGCAACAGACACUAUAUCACCGUUAAAUCAGAAGUUCUCACAGUAUCUUCAUGAAAAUGCUUCGUAUGUUCGCCCUCUGGAGGAAGGAAUGCUUCAUUUGUUUGAAAGUAUUACAGAAGAUACUGUGACAGUCCUGGAAACAGCUGUGAAAUUGAAGGCUUUCUCAGAACAUUUAGCUUCCUACUUAUGCUUUUUAAGAAAGAUUCUUCCUUAUCAGUUAAAAAGUUUGGAAGAAGAGUGUGAGUCUUCUCUUUGCACAGCUGCUUUAAGAGCUAGAAAUAUGGAGCUACACAGAGACAUGAAAAGGUUGACUGCAGUGUUUGAGAAGCUACAUACAUAUGUUAGUCUUCUUGCAUUACCAAGUACAAAACCAGAAGGACUUCUUAGGACAAAUUACAACUUGGUGUUUACAAACAUUGCUACAAGUCUUCAUGGAUUUCAUGACAUUUUAAAAGACAUUUCCAAGCACUACAGUCAAAAAGCUACUUUAGAACAAGAUGUUCCAACUGCCACACAGAAACUCAUAACUACAAAUGACUGUAUUUUAUCAUCCAUUGUGGCUUUAACAAAUGGAGUGGGCAAGAUUGCCUCGUUCUUUAGCAACAACUUGGAUCACUUCACUGCUUCGUUGAGCUAUGGCCCUAGAGGAGGAACAGAGUUCAUCAGUCCUGUUUCAGCUGAGUGUAUGCUGCUGUACAAGAAAAAGGCGGUUGCUUACAUGAAGUCUUUGAAGAAGCCUUGUGCAGAUUCGGUGCCUUAUGAAGAGGCUUUGGCUAAUCGCAGAGUUCUUCUGAGCUCCACAGAGAGUAGAGAAGGUCUUGCACAACAGGUCCAGCAGAGUUUGGAGAAAAUUGCAAAACUUGAACAAGAAAAAGAACACUGGAUGUUGGAGGCUCAGCUGGCUAAAAUAAAGCUGGAGAAAGAAAACCAAAAACUGAAGAACUCUUUUAGUGGACAUUUAACUGAAACGACACAAGAGCGUUCUGUCUUGCCAAAUGUAGCUGAACAAAAGAAAGAAACCACAGAAAAGAGUCUGAGGGAACCUAUUAAAAGUACUAGUCUGAUUGGAAUGUUGACUAUAACUACUGAUAAUGAAAAGGCUCCAGAUGUUGAAUCUCGUGAAGACCUGAUAAAAAACCACUAUAUGGCAAGGAUAGCAGAACUUACAUCUCAUCUGCAGCUUGCUGACAGCAAAUCAGUACACUUUCAUGCUGAGUGUCGAGCACUUGCCAAAAGACUGUCCUUAGCAGAGAAGUCGAAGGAAUCGCUCACGGAAGAGUUGAAACUAGCUAGUCAAAACAUCAGUAGAUUACAGGAUGAAUUGAUGACAACAAAGAGGAGUUAUGAGGAUCAGUUAAGUAUGAUGAGUGACCACCUCUGCAGUAUGAAUGAAACAUUAACUAAACAAAGGGAAGAAAUUGAUACACUAAAGAUGACUAGUAAGGGAAAUUCUAAAAAGAACAAAAAUCGAUAGCUUACAGCUAAUCAACUUGCCUUCGGAAGCUGCUGCUGCACAGGAUGCAGUUAAUAUUCAUUGUCCAAUUCCUGUUUGUUACAGGAACAAGAGGUGAUAUGGGUCUAGUAAAAACUGAUUUGGUGCUGUAAAUGGCUUUAAAAUAUUUAGAACUUGUAACAGAUAAAACAAAACUUAAUGUUGGCUCUAAACCAGGAAAUACACACUCUGUGGAUAAUUUAUAUAGUAAUUACCUUCAGUUUUUACUGUGCAUUUUUUAAAACUAGGUUUUAAUUUCAUGUAAUAACUUUAGAUUUUGUAUAUUUUCAAACACGAUUAUGCAUUAACAAACUUGGAUUAGUGCAGUAGUUGUCUGGUUUUGAGUUGUAUGUUAAAUUGUCAAAAUGUGUACAUUCCUUUAGUUGUUAAUAACAGUUUAAAAAUUAAUUUUGAGAGUUUUUUGGCCAUGCAAGCUGUGCAGUUACUGUAAAUGUCUUAUUCCUAUUCUCAGCCCUUUUGAAUUAAUUGGCAUUGUGGCUUUAAAUGACUUCUAUAAACUCACACAAGUAAAUGGGAUCACUAUUUUGUUUUAGACUGCAAUAGUGGAAACUUUUUGCUGCUUGUAUUUGGCACUUUGGAUUUUGAAGUAAAGAGCACAAAUAUCUGAAUUGGGAUACUUCUAUAAAAUAUCUUGAAGCCCUUCCUUAGGCAUUUUGUUUACACAUGUAUGUAUAUAUACAUUGGUUGAAUUAGCUGUUUAAAGCUAGAGGAAAUUGUGAUCCUAAGUGGCCCCAAAAGAGUGAAGCAAUAUAUGUGUAGAAUAGAUCAGCUGACUGUGCUCUCUUACAGUAAAGAAGAUUAUGAACUAUGUUGAAGAUGUAAACACUGAAUUUGCAAAAAGUCUUCAUGGAAUUAAGUCCUGAUGGAUUCACUGGGGGGAUGCACGUGGCUUUUCCUGUGUUCUGGGAAGUUUGUGAACUUUAGGUUUCUCCUGAGAUUUUUUUUUAAGUGAAGUCUAAUACCAUGAGUUUUCACAGCAUUGAUUUUUUUAAAUUUUUUUAAUCAGAUGCUGUGCUGCUUCACACUUUACACUGAUCUUCUGUUCCGUAAUUUGCAUUAUGGCAGUUAUUUGUCCCAUAAGGGUUUACUCUGGUAACGGCUGUGUUGAUAUGUAUUAUUAGUAUGUAAUAAUAAAACCAACUAUAUGAAACCA